UCGUAACCUAUUUUACAGGCAUACAAGAUGUUAUUUUGGUUACCAAGACCAAAGAUCGGUAAACGGUUCACGAUUUGCACUGUCUGAUAUUGAUUUGUUAUUUCUGAAGCGGAUAUGAGAGGAAUAUUCUGUGCAGAAUGGCAGGACGGAGCCGUGGCCUUUCGGGAUCGCAGCUCAAAUGCCGCUUUGUUUCCCGUCCCGACGUGGAUUGAUGUUUCGGCUUUGAAAGGCGCCGUUUGUCCUUAUCUGUGCAUCUGAAUUUAAUAAAGACCAGCGACGCAGCUAUUAAACUCUAUCCAUCAUUUCACAGUUCUGCCGCCUCUUUUCUAUCACUCCCUCCUUCCAGUUUUGUCUGAGAUGAAUCCUCAUCAGUUCUCAGUAGUGUUGGCGCUCAUGUUGGCCCAGCUAUGGGCGUCUUCUCUGGGUUGUCCUUUAAGGUGCCGCUGCUAUAGUUUGACUGUGGAAUGUGGAUCCAUCGGACUCAAAGAGAUCCCACAAGGCAUUGCUCAAGGAACACAGACCAUCUUUCUUCAGGACAAUGCCAUUGGACAGAUCCGUCAGCGGGAUCUAUCUGACUUCGGUCAACUGCACUACCUCUACCUGCAGAACAACAGUAUCUCCACCCUGGAAGCUGGGGCUUUCAGAAAUCUGGGCCUGCUUCUGGAGCUCGCUUUUAACGGAAACCGAAUUCACUUGAUCACUGCGGACGUGUUCCGUGGCCUGGAUCACCUGCGCAUUCUUUACCUCGCAGGAAACCAAAUCAUCAGACUGGAGGACUACACUUUCCGUGGACUGCAGCGUCUGCAGGAGCUGCAUUUGCAGGAGAAUUCGUUGGAGGUGCUUGGGGAUCAAGCUCUGGUGGGUCUGUCCUCUCUGGCUCUUCUGGACCUCAGCAGGAACAACCUGCGAACUCUGAGUCCCGCUUCACUCAAACCCCUCGUCAGUCUGCAGGUGCUCAGAGUCACAGAUAACCCAUGGCGCUGUGACUGCGCUUUGCACUGGCUGCGCGGCUGGAUUAAUGAAGAAGGUCAGAGGUUGUUGAGCUCAGCGGAACGCCGGAUGCUUUGCGCAGAACCUCCGAGGCUCUCCCACCUCAGUCUGAUAGAGGUUCCUGCCAACAGUCUUGUUUGCAUCCCUCCCGUAGUGCAGUUGGAGCCCAGCCACCUGACGGUACGUUUGGGAGAGAGUUUGCGUGUUUCUUGCCAGGCGUCUGGAUACCCGCAACCCCAGGUCACCUGGAGAAAAGCCUCUCAUGGUAAAGCACAGCUGUCUCCACGGGGACUGGUGCAGGAGGUGGGAAUGGAAAGAGAUGCUAGAAAUGGGGGCAGGGUGGUGACUGCCAGACCUGCUGGAAAAGGAGGGAAGUCAAGUCGAGGACCAGUCCGUGGCGUGGACGACAGAGGUGAACGAGAAAGCUUUGAUCCAGAUACCGGAAGUGGGAUGCUGUUUCUUAGCAAUGUUACAAUGGCGCAUGCCGGACGCUACGAAUGUGAGGCGUGGAACCCAGGUGGGGUUGCUCGGGUGAACUUUCACCUGUCUGUAAAUAUGUCAUUGUCUUCGUCGGCCUCUGCAAUCUGGCCUCGGCUACAUUCAUCGUCUUACUAUCAUCCGUCCUCAUUCGACGUGAGUCAAGAGCCGCUGUAUGAAUUGGAAAGCAUGGACUUCAACGCCUUAGGAACCGCAACUCAGACAGCCAUUGCUGUGGGCAUCUCUCUGCUAGCAUUGACUGCCCUACUCUUGCUCUGUAUGAUCUACAGUCGUCAUCACCAACGGCAGAAAGAGGAGGGCGGUUAUGGCGCCAGCAAGGAGGAGAGCAUCCUCUAUGUCAAUGACUAUUCCGACGGUCCCACCACUUUCGCUCAGCUUGAAGAGUACCGAGAUGAACGCGGCCAUGAGAUGUAUGUGCUAAACCGCACCAAACCGGUGCUACCUCCCCCACCGAACGCAAACCAACAAGGGGCGACGUUGAAGGCCAGUGAGGCACUACAGAGUCAAGGAAUAGUAACCCCAGGCAGGGCAGGAGGCGUCGGUCCCCGCAGGGCUCCUGCAGAAGGAGGUGAAGCGCCUUCGCCCGAUCCAGAGGGGCUGUUCAUAAACCAGAGUCUGCUGUUUGACACACAGAUCGCCUAUGAGAUCCAUUGCUGAACACUAUCACUGUGUUCCUUUGCUUGGUGGAAGAACAGUCUUACUCUUCAAUGCACUUGAAAUGCCCGGGGUUCUUGCCAUUGAACAUUAUCCUGCUUUAUUUCCUUUUUCGUUCAUAGAGCACAAAUUCUUUUUUUUUUUUUGUGAUAUAUAAGGACUAACAUGCUUUAAAGCUGGAGUGUUGCAAAAAUAUUCAGUGAUUUCAAACAGGUUUCCCCAAAAGUCCCCCUAUUUUCCAUUGCUUGGACAAAGAGUCGUUAUGGCGCAAAACUCACACCACUGGUGGAGCCAAUGUUGCUAUGUUGGGUGGGUCAAACAAACAGACAAAUGUUGAAAGCACCACUGUGUUUACACUCUUUGGGGAAAUCAGUCUGCUAAUGGAUUAUGUAUAGUUGACUCUGCACAUUAAUCUUGGCUAGAAGAAGGUACAGUGUUUUGACACUGAAAAAUUACACAAAGCAGCUUUAAAGGAUUAGUUCACGCCAAUAUAGUAUUUCUUUUUGCUCUUUUGGAGCUUGACAGGUAUGGUCAGUAUGAACUGGUAUUGUAUAGAAAAGAGCUGGGUAAAGUUCUCCUUUUAGAGGAAUAUUUCGGGUUCAAAACAAGUUAAGCUGAAUCGACAGAAUUUAUGGUAUAAUGUUGAUUACAACAACAAAAAAAAACAAACAAAAUGCAUUACAGUGAGGCACUUAAAAUGGAAGUGAAUGGGGCCAAUCUGUAAACAUUAAAAUACUCACUGACUACGUUUACAUGGACACCAGAAGCAGCUUAUUGCGAGAAAGUGAUUUAUUGCGAGAAAGUCGUUCCCAUUUACAUGCACUGUACUGUAUUAACCGUGUACUCUUUACUCCUGUAUAUAUGCGGCUCGGUCAGUAAGCAGCUUUCUCCACAGCAACAUAAUUUCCCUGCGUCGCUUGUGUCAAUUGCAAACAUGGCAUCUGGUGGUAUUCCAGAAAGCAGGGUUAGCAACUUACCCGGGGAAGUUUACUCAGUGUAAACAGAAAAUCUCAACUUUCAGUUCCAAAACCAAGGUAACUUUCAGGAUAUGUUAAUAGCCAUAGCAACUUAGUCUCUGAUCCAGUACAUUUUCCAACAUUGCAUACAGUACAAUGUCAGUACAUUUCAGAAACUGUUGGCACAUGUGUGACCUUUUGAUAGUGACACAGUGGGCGUGGAAGCUCAGAUUGCACACAAUAUAAUACUUUUAAAGCAUUAUUAUGAUAUACAGCAAUCUGUACUUUACCUCACAAAUCUUCUGCUCGGCAUUUCCAGUCUCACACACCACAGAUUUUCAUUCAAAGGUGAACAAAUUAUGUACAUUGUGCUAUUCUGAAAGGCAAAUGCUUAAUAUUGUAAUAUUGAAACACAACGGAAAGGCUUCCACACACUGUAAAGAGAGGGCUUUAUGUAUUUAGCCCUUCUAAUAAAUUAUUUUAUUUUAUGAAAUUAAUAUUAUUAACAUAUCUGUUAAUAUCACAGAAUGAAAUGAAAUGAUAGAACCCACAUUCUUUUUAUAUUUCCUUCAGUCAAUAAAUAUUAAUAUGUUAUAAAAUUACACUCCAUUGUAUCAAUAUGCAGGUAAUAUCUGCAAAUUCAUAGCUUAAGCAAUAACAUUUUUCACUCAUUCUUCUUCUUCACUAACUAGAUAAUAUGUGUUCAUUUCAUGGACCACAUACAUAGCAUAGAGGUUAGAGAUUUGAUCACUUUAAUUCAUGUACAGAAAGGCAGGGGUGGCUUAGUGGUUAAGGCUCUGGGUUACUGAUCAGAAGGUUGGGGGUUCAAGCCCCAGCACUGCCAAGAUGCCACUGUUGGGCCCUUGAGCAAGGCCCUUGACCCUAUCUGCUCCAGGGGUGCCAUAUCCCAGCUUAGCUGGGAUAUGUGAAAAAGAAGAAUUUCACUGUAUAUGUGUGAUUAAAAUUAUAAAAAUGCACACAUUUCCAGACUUGUUCGUUGUACUCUCUUUAUUAUCUGAAAACAUAAAUGAGACAUGCUGUAAUUUAGAGUAACCUACAGUGCCCUCAUUUAGCUUUUAUAAAAUUAUAAGCUUCACAUUUCUGCCUUUAAACCUCCAGAAUUUGGUCCCAUUCACUUCCAUUGUAAGUGCCGCACUGUAACCUCGAUUUUUGCUUCUUUUUUUUAAAGGAGGGACAAGUCGAUUUUUUUCUUUCUUUUCUUUUUUUUUGUGUUUUUUUUGUUGUGGUAAUCAACAUUAUGCCACAAAUGCUGUCGAUUAAGUUUAACUUGCAUUAUUAACUUGAAAUAUUACUUUAACACUGUAUGGGUUUGGACAGAAUUUUUAUUUAUGGGAGAACUUUUCCUUUAAGAGAACAAGUGCUGGUUUUUCUGUGAACAUAUGAUUCAGUUAAGGAGUUUGCACAAAGCCAAAUGAAUGUGCAAUGGAAGUAUUUGUAAAUAUUUUAGACCUACCUUGAAAAGAAGAGGUUAAUUGAAACUACCAAAAAGUGGAGCUUUAUCUUACUGUGAAAUGAAAGCACGGACAAAAAUUUUGACCAACUCUUGGACAGGGAUUGCAAAGACAGAACAAACGACAUUUGUGUGAAGCUUUGAGAUGUCCCUGUGUCAGACAUUUUUAUUUUCUCUGCUUGUGUCGGGCAGUGUGAAUAGCUUUGAUGUCCUUCUUGCAGAUGCUGUCUUCAUGUUUCUAGUAAGUCUUUACUUUCAGAUGCAUUCCUGUAUGUACUAAUUUUUCACAUUCAAGGCUAGCAGAAGACGAGGGAGAAAACUUUUGAAAACCAGAACCAAAAGCAGGUGGGUGUAUGUCUGCGACAGGCCGAAACCAAGUAUACCACUAAUGUAGUGGCAUCUAUUUUCUCUUUAAGGGCCGUUUGCUCUCAUCAUCUUGACCUCUGUUGGGUUAACACUGUGAACAAACAAAUGGAACUCUAGAUUCACAGCUUAGUUUUUGUAAGUUAUUAGAUAUGGCAGUUUCUUUGAUAUAACAGUAUUGUUUUUUGAGGGUGUUGAUCAUUUUUCUUGUUUGCUUUUUUCCCACCAGCAUUAAACAGAUAAAGAAGUAUG